UACUAGUAGGGUAGUAGCUAGUAGGUAGGCAGGCUUGUAAUUUAUAAGUACGUUAACUGGCUGCAAGAUGUCGUUGCCAACUGUUUUGUUAAAUUUGCUUUCAAACAAUGUUCUAGAAUGGCGGAUUUUAGCCUUACAGAGAACUCUGAAGAUAAACCGGUUCUAGCCUCCGAGUCUACUGAAAUAAUGGACGGGCUUUCUGAGGAUGUUUUGCCAAUCGGUACUGAUGAAGCAACUAUCAUUUCACGUCCUGCAUUCAAAGUGGCAGAUAUAUCGGAAGACGUACAGGCUGAAGCAAUUGAGUGUAGAAGUUUAACAGAUGCUGGUGAAGCAAAAUCUCUUGAGUUGUCUUCGGUUUUAUUAAACACUGGGAAAACUACAGAGCGAGAAGGCAACUGCUAUUGUGGAAAGGAUCGCAACAUGAAUAUAGUAGAGCUAUUCUGUGCAACAUGUCUUCGUUGGUUUCAUGAAUCGUGCAUCAGUUACCAGUUGGGAAAAUUAGUUCCCUUUAUGAUGAACUAUGUUUUUCUCUGCAAGAAUUGCUCUCCUACUGGUUUGGAGAGCUUUAAGAAAAACCAAGCUCAAUUUACCCAGAUGUGCAUUACAACAAUAGCUAACUUGAUGCAAAACAGCACUAAAGAAGGAACUUCACGGCAGUACUUUUCCAGAGACCGUGAAAUUGUGCCAUACAUUGAUUCACAUUGGGAAUAUCUAACCACAAUGCCAAGAAGAGUCACCCAAUCCUGGCAUUCCACAAUACAAAAGACCUUGAUGAAGGAAAAAGGUUUGAUAUUUGUGUGCCAAGAACCUGUGCCCGAAACAAUGACAAGUGAUUGCAUGUUUGGUCUGUUGUCAUUGGAACUUGUAAAUAUCAGACCCAAUUACGAAGCGAUGGUUAGAGCAGGGCAUCUCAAACAAACCGACACGACUGGUGGCAAUACCGGGAUUCGUGGUCGUGGCUAUAAACGUCGCGUACCUGAACAGUUUGGCGGAAAUCAGCGCAAAACCCGGAAUGAUAUUGGAACUCCUAAACUACCCGCUCAUGGUUAUCCACUUGACCAUCCGUUUAAUAAGGAUGGUUAUCGAUACAUUUUAGCAGAGCCCGAUCCACAUGCCCCAUUUAGGCAAGAGUUUGAUGAGAGCAGCGAUUGGGCAGGGAAACCUAUUCCAGGCUGGUUGUACCGCAAAUUAAAUCCCUCUCAGGUUCUCCUGACGUUACAUGAUCGAGCGCCUCAGAUCAAAGUUACAGAAGAUAGAAUGGCUGCCACGGGAGAGAAAGGAUAUUGUACCAUUCGAGCCACACAUUAUGUCAACCGUGGGGCAUGGUAUUGGGAAUGUACCAUCGAAGAAAUGCCUGAAUUGGCUGCUACUCGAAUCGGCUUUGCCCAAGCAUAUGGUAAUCUUCAAGCACCAUUAGGAUAUGAUAAAUUUGGUUAUUCUUGGAGAUCCAGGAAAGGAACGGUAUUUCAUGAAUCUAUAGGCAAGCACUUUUCACAAGGGUACUGCGAAGGAGAUACAUUAGGCAUUCUUAUUGAACUACCAGAUAAUCCAUCAGGCAACUACAUUCCUCCGACUUACAAAGACAAGCCGCUGGUGAAAUUCAAGAGUCACCUAUAUUAUGAGGACCGCGAUGAGGUGCAGGAAGAACUUCGUAACUUGAAGUCACUGAAAGGCGCCAAAAUUGAUUUUUACAAGAAUGGAAUUCAUCAAGGAACCGGUUUCCAGGAGAUUUACGCAGGGAAUUAUUUUCCAGCCCUAUCACUGUACAAAAAUGUAACAGUCUCCGUUAACUUUGGACCCAAUUUCAAGUUUGCUCCGAAAGGUGUUGCAUUUCGAGGCAUGCACGAGAGAGCCGAGGAGUCAAUCGCGGAACAGGCAAUGGCCGAUAUGCUAUACCUAACUGAAAACGAAGGUCGUCUUCGUCUCGAUAACUUUGGUAUGUAAUUUCUAAACGGAUAGAAUUUGUGGAAACAUUUUAAGCGGUAAACUUGCACUGAGGUUUCGAAACCUCGUAUAUGUUUAUUGUUCCCAUCUAUUUGUUCAUUGCAUUUCAAAGGGUAACAUUUUGAUAUCAAGAAUAGACGAUCAUUGUCAUUUUUACU